UUUCAUCAACAUUUUUGGAGGGAGCAAAGUGUUUGCUGUAAUUAUCUAUUUCUGAGAACACCAUGAUGGGGGCAUGGUGAUGCUAGUACCAGAAGAAUGCAAUGCCCAUAUUCCUCCUGCUCACUACCCCUACUUCCCUAUCCUCCAUUCAUCAGAAUUUCACCUUCUCCAAAUCCCAACCUAUCAGCUUCACCUGCCAGACUUCGCGCCGCCCAAAUCCAUACUCGCUUUGAUAAUCGUGCUGCUGCUGAUGCUGAUGUCGAUUCUGAUAAUUUCCAGGUGGUAAAAUCUCCUUUGCCGUCUCAUGUAAAAUCCAUUACGAGUACUUCGAACCCAUUUGUGAAACACUGUCUCAAGCUUCGCCAGAGCUCCUCUUAUCGCCACUCUCAUCGUUCUGCUCUCGUUGUGGGCACUACCCCUAUAUGGGAAAUUUGCAUGUUUCAAGAUUCAGUACAAAAGAAAACUACUGGAAUUGAUUGUCUGCUACUGCAUGAAAAAGCUGAGAUUCCCAAAGGAUUAGAGGAUCUCUCUACUCGUAUUGUGUGUGUUAGCUCUGUGGUGAUGAAAAAGCUUUCUGGGAUGCAGUCAACCGAAUCUAUUGAAGCAAUUGCCUUAAUGAGAAUUCCAAGCAGUUUCGUAGAUCUUAGUGAUCAAAAAGAUGCAGAUUGUCAUAGCUGGUUCCCAUCCCAGCAGCGAAUUCUAGUUCUUGAUGGGAUCCAGGACCCUGGUAACCUUGGAACACUGCUGAGAUCAGCUAUAGCCUUUAAAUGGAGUGGAGUAUUUCUUCUUCCUGGCUGUUGUGAUCCAUUCAAUGAGAAAGCACUGCGAGCCAGUCGGGGAGCCUCAUUUCAACUCCCUAUUGUUUCCGGUGGUUGGAUUCAUCUUAAAGCUCUACAGGAUGCAUUUCAAAUGACAAUGCUAGCCGGCCACCCGGCACAUAAUGGAGAAAAAAAAUCUGUUUCUACACUGUCUCAAGCUUUUGUAAAUUGCUUAAUAGAUGUGCCCUUGUGCUUGGUUUUGGGCAGCGAAGGACAUGGUCUUUCGGAGACAUCAUACAGCACAUGUGAGCUUGUGAGCAUUCCAAUGGCCGGGGGGUGGGAGUCUCUCAAUGUUUCAGUUGCAGGUGGGAUUUUCUUGUAUAUGCUGCAGCCUGCUCUGGUUCAUCCUGAGCAAUACUGAGGAGUUAUUUACUGUACAGAUUAUGCUAAGAAAUUAGUUUUGAAUGAUAUUUUGUGCCAGAGAAAUUAGGUUUUGAUGUAUGUAAAGCAGUGAUCAAUUUAGAUGAAUCUGGUUCAACUCCUUGAAUUUUCAGGAUGCUCUAUAUAUUUUAAACA